AUGGCUGAGGAUUACAAUUUAGGACUUGUUCCUCGUCAACCAUCGCUUGCCUAUCUUUACAAAUAUUACAACACUUUCAAGCCAUACGGAAUUGGUUUAUUUUUUAAUGACAGUCUUGACAGUGUCAAUGUUUACGGAGCUCCACCCAAUGAAAUUGUUGUUUGGUAUCAUACACCAACGACUGAAUUUAUGUUAUAUGCAAUUUCAUUGGAUACUUCAACUCCUAACACAACUGCCAAGUCACUGGUCAAGGCAUCUCCUAAUUAUGAAGUGAAUGCUCAAAGUUAUUGGAAAACUACUUUUGGUUUUUAUUCCUCUUUGGGAUUAGAUGGUGUAUUCGGCAUUCCUUAUGCAAUUCCUGGCAAUCCAAGUUAUACAACUUACUAUUGUGCCAAAUUAUAUGAUCCUACCUAUUAUAGCAAUGGAAUUAAAAAGGUAGUUGGCAUUACAAAAACGAAUAUUUCAUUGAGAAUUAUUGAAAGCUUUUUGAAAACAGUACAAGUACUCACUAGUGGUUAUGUGAUUGUGGCAGAAACCAAUAAUCUUGUCAUUGGUGGAAAUAUCAAUACUACUGCUUUGGAUGGAAGUUCUAGAGUUUCGUUAUUUGACUUGAUUGAUAAGGGUUCUGGAAGUUUAUUGAACAGGGUUUAUCAGAAUUAUAAGGGGUGGACUAACACACCAAUUUUUAUUGACUUUGAUGGUUUUUUCAUUGUAAAGUCAAAUUUCACAUUGGUCAACUUGGAAUGGAAUGUUUUCAUUGUGGUUGAUAAGCAAGAAGUUGAAAUGGUAACAAAUAUUACAACUGGAGUAUCUGUUGGUAUUACCAUUUUGAUUAUCAUUGUUGGUGUAAUCAUGUCUAUCACUAUUGGACACAUUGUCACAAAUCCAUUUACAAUUUUAGAAAGAGAAUUUAUGAAAAUCAAAACUAUGGAACUAGAUCAGGUGAAUAUUACUGCAAGCAAGUUUAAAGAAGUCGAUUUGAUUUACCUUUAUUUAUAUGAAAUGACAGUAUGGUUAAACGAAAUUAAGACAUUUAUUCCAGAAAGUGUAUUUUUACAAUUGAGAAAUAUGAAAGAAGAAAAUACCAAAAAAACAGAUGAAUCCCAAGCCAACACCAAAUCAAAGAAACAUAAGAAUCACCCAGUUUCGAAUAGUGAUGCUGCCUCAAUAGAUUUGGAAUCUCAUGGAAGUCGUCAUUUUAGUAACAAUAGUUCAAGAACUUCCUCAAUGGCAUCCAAAGUUCAAGAAGUGGGAAAUUCUCUUUUCAAAAUUGGUCUGAAUUGUAAACAAGGAGCAGUUGUAAGAAUCAAAUUAAUUGAUUUUUCAACAGAUUUGAAUGUUGCUGAUAUUGGACACAUAUUUUCAAAGAUUGUUUCUGGGUUGAGUGCUGUUUCUAAAUCUAUACAAGGUGAUUUUCAAGUUAUUACUGUGGAUGAUUAUCAGAUUUAUGUUUCGUCUGUGGAAGGAAAUGGUCGAAAAUCGUCAAAUGUUUUGGCUUUGGAAGCUGCUUUGAAAUUGAGAAAAUUAUUAGUAACAAUCAAUGAAACAUCGAAAACCCAUAUCAGAUGUGCCAUUGGAGUCAGUAGUGGAAAGUGCUAUGCAGGAAAUUUGGGAACUAGUUCAUUUAGAACAUUUUCUGUUGUUGGUUCAGUUCCUAUCAAUGCUGAAAAACUUGCUUUUUUGGCAGACGACUUGAGAUGUGAUGUGUUGGCUGAUGAGGGAACAAUGGAUGAGUCAACUCUGAAAAAGUUUGUAUCCAGACCAGUUGACAAGUUGAUGGAAGUUGUUGAAAAUUCACAAGAAGGAAAAGUUUCGGUUGUUUAUGAAGUUGAAAAGGAAAAUACUAUUGAAGGUGAUGAAUGGAUGUACGAGUUGGAACAGCAAAAGGCAAAUCAGAAAUUCUCAGAGUUUGGAAAAUAUUUCUUCUAUGACAAGAACUUUGAAGGGUUGAAUAAUGAUGAAAUUAUUAACAUGCUCAGAGAUUAUGAAGCUAAUUUGACAGCUGUUGUUCAAAAUGAUGAAUACAUCAAAUCGUAUCCUGCCAGAAAAUUGAUUAAGAGCAUUGGGUAUUUUGCUCACAUAUUGGAAUCUUCUGGAAAGAACACCAGAUUUGAAUUGUUCAAGCAAUAUUAUUCAACUGUCAACAAUCAAGUUCAGGAAGUUUAUCCACCUCAUACAACUGUUGUAGAUUACAUGUAAAUUAUUUGAAUAUUUU